AUGAUUAUUCCUUAUACCCUGACUUUUUUCAUUAUUUUUCUGACAUACUUUUUACUUAGGAAAUAAAAAAAAAUCAAACUAGAUUCCAAUAUGACUAUUCUAAUUACAGGAGGAUGCAUGGGUAUUGGUAAAUAAAUGUGUAAAUUAUUGGCAAUGAAAUAAUGCAAAAUAAUUAUCUUAGACAUUAGAAAAGAUCUUAUUGCUGAUCUUAAAAAUACAAUUGAACAAUAUGGAGGUAAAGUAUCAUUUUAUGAAUGUGAUCUAUCAAAAUAAGAGUAGAUCAUUGAAACUAUUAAUUAAAUCAAUGAACCAAUUCAUAUUUUAAUCAAUAAUGCUGGAGUUGCUAAACUAAAAUUAUUCUCAGAAUAAUCAUUUCAAGAUCUAUAAUUGACUCAUGCAGUUAAUUAUCUUGCUCCAGUUCUACUAACCAAAUUACUUAUACCUAAAAUGGAAGCUUAAAAAUUUGGACAUAUAGUAAAUAUAGGAUCUGUAUUAUCAAUUAUAACAGGAUUAAAAGUAGCAGCAUAUUGUGCCUCCAAACAUGCUCUACUUGGUUUUCAUAAUAGUUUGAGAGUUGAAUUAAAAUUGAAAAAAAGUCCUGUUAAAUGUACAUUUAUUGCUCCUUGGGCAAUUAAUACAGGUAUGUUUAAAGGAGUUAAAUCUAAAAUUGAUUUUCUACUACCAGAAUUAAAAGAAGAAAGAGUUGCCAUUGAAAUUAUUGAUGCAAUAGAAAAUUAAAAAGAUGUACAUUCUAUCCCUUCAUUCUAUUGGUUAUUAUCAAAUCUAGUCAGAUUCUUACCUCAUCCCAUAGCAGAUUUUAUUGUAAUAAAGGCAUAAGGGCCCUAUAUUUCAGAAAUGGUGGGUAGAAAUCAAUGA